UUCUGCCAGUGUCAGGUGAGGCGAGGUGAAGAGAAUUCCGUUGCGAUGUGUACAUUUAAUUUCUCUGAUGGAACAGUCAAUUUGUUGUGAUCGCUGAUAUUGGUUAUUUUCGGAGUUGAUGGGUUUAUCUAUCAUUAUGUUUGGCAAAUAAUGUUUACAUUUUGUUCUCCCUUUUAUCAAGAAUCAAAUUGUUCUCUAUAUGCCAUCUGUUUACGUUUAUAAUGUAUACGUACUUGGUAGUGCGCUUAGAAAAACUUUGUUUAUAAAUACUUUCAUUAGCCAGCAUGAAAUGUUUUGUUUACCUUGUUCGAUGCCUCUCAAUCUUAUUGAAUUAAGAUCUGACAUUAUUUAGCUUAUGAAUUUUUAUAUAUAUACAUAAAAAAAGCAAUGGAGGUCGACAGUGCACUUAUGAAUGAAACUGUAUACGGUGUUUCUCCUGGUGAAGAAUGUCACGUUAUGUCAGAUAAAGUACAAACGUUAGCUAACAAUAUUUAUGAAGAAUUUGCCAGGAUGAUCGCCAAAUAUGAUGAAGAUGUUGUUAAGCAACUUAUGCCUCUGGUUAUUAGUGUUCUAGAACACUUGGAUUUAUCGUUUGUUGAAAAUCAGGAGCACGAAGUUGAAUUAGAACUACUUCGAGAAGAUAAUGAACAAUUAGUCACACAGUUUGAGCGAGAGAAACAGUUGAGAAAAUCAUCUGAGCAGAAACUCUUAGAAUUAGAAUAUUCUGUAGAUGAGGACAGACGUGAUCUUCAAAGCAAAGUUGAAAGCCUAGAAUCUCUUGUUCGUAUCCUUGAAAUUAAAGCAAAGAAUUCUAAUGAUCAUGCUUCAAGGUUAGAAGAAAAAGAAGUUGAAAUGAAAAAGGAAUAUGCAAAACUUCAUGACCGUUAUUCUGAGGUGUUCAGGACUCAUGUGGACUAUGUAGAAAGAACAAAAAUUCUGUAUGGAAACGAAAAAGCAGAAAUGAUUUCAUCUAAGGCCAAGCAUAAUAUAUCACAACUAAAAUCUGGUUCAAUGUAUAGUAUGAGUUCAGAAGAAUCUUCCAUCAAAUCUCUAUCAAGUCCUCCAGAUUUUAGCGGGUUAACACCACCAAACCAUGUGCCAGAUGCAGCUAGAAUUAGCAGCUUGCAAAAUGAACUUCAAGAUGUGCGAUCUCAUAGCUCUUGCCAAGACAUUAAGACCGCUCAAAAAAGUGGUUGGACUGAUGGAUUUGGAUCAGAUCUUACAGAUUUCUCAAUAUCAUCUGCUCCAGAUGUAGAUGAUAUGAAUGACUUAUCAUCACUUGAUAUGGCUCCAGCUGCCACUAUACAAAAUGAAAGGAGGCGACCAAACACUUUGUAUCAAGAAUUAAGUUUCACAGAGUGUGAAAAUGCCCAAGAUGGGGAAGAUGGGAAUGAUAUUGCUGCACCAGACAGUUUCUUUGGUUUAUCAGGAAUGGGAAAAGAAGUUGAAAAUCUAAUCUUAGAAAAUAAUGAACUUCUGGCAACUAAGAAUGCUUUGAACAUAGUGAAAGAUGAUCUCAUUGCUAAAGUGGAUGAAUUAACAAGUGAAAUGGAAAUUUUGCAAGGAGAGAUCAAGUCUUUACAAGCUGUUAAAGAGAGAUUAAAAACACGUGUUAUAGAUUUAGAAGAAGAACUAAAAAAGACAAAAGAAGAGGCUGAAAAAAUGAGGGCAAAGUUUGAAGAAGAGGAGGGAAUUCCUCUAGCUCAAAGAAAACGAUUUACUCGUGUAGAAAUGGCUAGAGUUUUGAUGGAGCGGAAUCAAUAUAAAGAAAAGUUAAUGGAAUUGCAGGAAGCAGUGCGCUGGACUGAAAUGAUUAGAGCAUCAAAAAAUGAUCCUGCCACUGACAAGAAAGGCCAGUCUUCCAUUAGAAAAUUUUUCAGCAGUUUAUUUAGCUCAAGCAGUUCAUCAGAGAAAACAAUGAGAAAAUCUCCUACCUCAUCAGGAAUCUUGUACAGUUCACCAUCUGUCCAUGUCAGUCCCACUUUAGAUGCUCUCCGGAAAACUAGAUUGGGUGAAAAAGGAAAAAGUGUUGAUUUUCUUGAUAGUGAUUUAGCAACAGAACGCCUUCAUCAGCAAAGGGCAAGGGAGAGAAAAGAACAAUACAAACAAGUCAGAGCUCACGUUAAAAAGGAAGAUGGGCGAAUGCAAGCCUAUGGAUGGAGUCUGCCAAUUCUUGGGGAUAGUAAUGGAGAGGCUGAGCCCACAUCCUUAUCUUUUGAUCCUUCUUUUCCAGUACCUGUUCCUGUUUACUGCAGACCUUUGAUGGAUAAAGAACCUGGAAUGAAGAUUUGGUGUUCAGCUGGCGUGAAUCUAAAUGGAGGCCGAACACGUGAUGGUGGUUCUAUUGUUGGAGCAAGUGUAUUUUAUUCUUCACCUCCUGAGGAGGAUACUCCGACUGAAGAUUUAUCUAACAUAGAAAAGCUAAGCCAUGAGCUAGCUGAGUCUGAAAAGUGUAGAAAGGAAAAUGAAGAAAUGGAACAACGUCUUUCUUCAUUGAUAUGGAUAGGUACAAGUACUCAUACUAAUAGUAAAGUCAACGUAAUUGAUGCACGGAAUCCUGCAGAUGUUUUGAGUAGCUUUUUUGUAUGCUCUUCACAUCUCUUAAGCAUUACCAGUGUACCAGGUGCCUGUGAAACUGACUAUCCGGUUGAAGAAGAAUUCCUAAAGUUAGGCGUUGAAGCAGAGAAAACUGAAGCCCCUGAUGAUAGUAAAUCAAGUGACAGCACAAAUAGCAUUGGAAACAUAACUUUUGUUAGUUGUUCUACUGGUCCGUCAUCUAGUCCUCCUUCUCCAACUAAUGAAGAUAAAGAAACCGAGCCAGUUCUUUUUCGGCAGUCUGCUCCUUCUACUGAUGAAAAAAAUACCAAUAGUCUUGAAAAUGGACCAGAGCCAAGCAGGCAGCAACAAUGGAUUGUAAUGAAAGACCCUCCUGAAAUAAUUAAAGAUGGUAUAUCAGAGUUGUCAAAAGAUAAUCCAUUAGCUUAUGAGCAUAUUGAAAAAAUGUCUAGUGUUUUACCUACAAUGUGGAUGGGUGCACAAAAUGGAAGUAUAUAUGUUCAUUCAUCUGUUGCUCAGUGGUGGAGAUGCAUUCACACUGUGAAAUUAAAAGAUGCUGUAUUGAACAUAGUACAUAUUAAAGGAAGAGUUCUUGCAGCUAUGGCAAAUGGAACUGUAGCAAUUUUUCAUAGAGGUGAAGAUAAUCAAUGGGAGUUGAAUAAUUACCAUCUGCUUGACCUUGGAUAUCCUCACUACUCUAUUCGAUGUAUGAUAGUAGUUCACAAUAAAGUGUGGUGUGGUUAUCGAAAUUCCAUUCAUGUACUUUGUCCGAAGACUUUAUCAAUAGAGAAAACAUUUGAUGCUCAUCCUCGCAAAGAGAGUCAAGUGAGGCAACUAGCAUGGGUUGGAGAUGGAGUUUGGCUCUCCAUCCGUCUUGACAGUACACUACGCCUUUAUCAUGCUCACACAUAUCAGCAUCUUCAAGAUGUGGAUAUAGAGCCUUUCAUAUCAAAAAUUCUUGAUGUAAUAGAUUAUCGAAGGACUGGAAAAUUAGGCUUUUCUUUUGUAAGAAUAACUGCUCUGGCAGUAUCUUGCUCACGCCUUUGGAUAGGUACUGGAAAUGGAGUAAUAUUGUCUGUUCCUCUUCAUGAACCUUGCCGAAAACGACUAAGUGAAGAUGCUCAACUGUCAGGUAAUUCUAUACGGGUAUAUCAUGAUGACAAAGACAACUUAAUGCCUGGUACUUUUGUACCUUAUUGUUCGAUGUCAGAAGCUCAACUGUCAUUCCAUGGUCAUAAAGAUGCUGUCAAGUUCUUUGUUGCCGUUCCAGGUAUGAUGGAAAGCAAAGCCUUACAAAGUACCUAUUUCUCCAAAGGUCAGGGUGAUAUGAACUCAAUUACGUCACUCUCAGAUGAUAAAGAGGAUGACUCAUCUGAAAAAGCUUCUAAACCCAAAUACAUGUAUAUAUUAUCUGGGGCAGAAGGUUAUAUAGAUUUUAGAAUUGGAGACGAAGAUGAUGACUGUGAUGAAAUUGACCGCUCAUGUAGGAGCUCUCUGAGAUCUGAACAGAGCCAUUUAAUUGUAUGGCAAAUCCCACUGCCCAGCACUACGCCAAGUCACUAAUACAGUUUGUGUACAUUUUUUACUAUGCAAUUUAACAAGCCAAUGUGUUUUGCUAAGAUUUCUUAUGUAUGCAAAGACAAGACUGAUUUAUUAACUAAGUAUGUAUCAUAUGGUUAAAGCCUAGAUUUUUAUGUUUUGUGAAAUUUUAAAUGACAAACUAUUUAUACUCAACAGAAAAUGCGGCUUUGUUGUUAGGAUGAUAUGGUGCUUUUAACCUUUGAUCUGUACAUUAAUUUUUAUGUAGCGCAUAUUGACUUUAUAUCUAUUUUAGAAAUAUUGAAUAUUUAUUAAAUCUAUUUAUACUAUACUGAAAAAGACUUUGUUCUCUCUUUUAUUUCUUUUAUUCUAAGUCAAAGGGAGAAUGUGAAGUUUUUGUUCUAAGUCAUCUUUAUGAUCAUGAUCAUCUUAUUAUAUUUUUUGGCUGAAGCUUAUCACUGGAAAAAUUUACUAGAGUCCUGGUUCAAAAUAAGCUGAAUUAAUUGAUUCAAUUUCUGGCAAUUCUUUUUUAAAAUUGUACAAGUGUGGUAAAACUAAGCUAGUACAAGUGUGUAUAAGUUAUUUUAUUUUAUUAUGGUUAUAUUUUAACCUUUUGAAUGUUUGAAGUUUUUUUUUUUUAGAUUAAAAAUGCUUUGCACAGUUGCUUUUAGUGCACAUUUUAAGGCUUAGAUAGUGCUGAAAUUUUUGUUCCAAAUUAAUAUUUUACAGUUUCAAAACUUCAAGAACUAUUUUAUCAAGAUAUUAAGUCAAAAGUUGGUUGUUACAGUUUAGAUUUGCUAUAUUCAUUUUGUGACCUGUUGACAAAAAGCGGGGUAAAAGUUAUUACUUUUAAAAAACAAAGCAAAAUUAUGCUUUAAAAGUAUUUGUUUAGCAACAAAAUUUUUUUUAUUAAAUUUAUUGCAAUGUAAUUAAAACUAUAAAGUGAGAGCUUUGAUACAUCAAAAUUAAUUUUGUGUGCCUACUCCUAUUAAUAAAAAUAAAUCUUUGUCGGGAUACUUAGUUUGUAUACAAUGGCUCAUUAAAAGAAUGUUUAAGUUUUCAUUUUUUAAAUGUUUUGAUAUGGUUAUUGGUUAUUUACAACUGAAUCUUUUUUUCUUUUUUUUUUACUCUUGGAAUGGAAUAAAACUUAAGAGUGGAAUGAGGCAUAAAAUAUUUUAAAGAAAAGGGAACAUUGUUUUAAUUUAUGCAUAAUUUUAAUCUUAUCUAGUUUGCAUAAUGUGACCCGAAUUAUGACAACUAUGACAACUUCCCUUAUAACAACCAUCUUUGAAUGAUAAUUUAAUAGUAUUUUAUUUGUAAAGUAUUGCGCCAAAAAUUAUUAAUAAUAUUAAUUCUAAACUAAUAAAGCAUAAACACUAUAUACACACAAAAAAAUUAAAUUAAUUUAGUAUCUAUUGAAUUAUUUAAUCAAAAUUCUUUAACUGAUACAAGUUUUUAUAAAGGAAAUUAGCUUUGUGACAUCAAACGUGUGUGUUAACUAGCCAUUAUUUCUCUCUAAUAAUUGGUAUCGAUUGAUUUAUAUUUCAAUAAAUGUGAAGAAUUGAUUUAAUAUUAUUAAGCUAUUGUCAAUGCAAUAAUAACAAUUACUGAAUUGUUGAGUUUCUACUUCUUGAGUUUAAAUUUAAAGAACUGAAAGAAAAUAAUAAAAAUAUUAGUUUUCUUUUGAAACUUGUCCAAAUGCUAAAAAAUUGUUAGUGCCUAAUAAAUUUGAAUCUACUCCAACCCUUUUGUGAAAUGAAUCAAAAUUUGUUAAAAUGUGACUGUUAAGAAACUUUUGAGUUUAACUUUUAAGUUCCAUUAUUGAGAAAGUUAGAUAACUUAUUUGAUAAUAAUAAUAAGACUCAUAAAAAUUUAAUUAAUUUAUUAAUAAUGCACACUCUGUAUUGAAAAGGAUUUCUUGUUAAGAUUGAAAACUUUAAUUAUUUUUUUUUUUCAUAUACUAAGUGGGGAAUUUUUAUGCCCUUUUAAAAUUAUUUUAAAGGAUUGAACUUUUCUCUUAGUGCAUCGUACGUUUUUUAAGUAGUAUAUGAUUACAUGUAUUGAAAUCCAUGUUGGAUUUACUAUAUUUAUACUGUGAUUACAUUUAAUUGUUCUUUUUGAGCUUUUAUUGCAUCUUGUAGACAAAACUAAUGAAAUCCAGUUGUAUUUUAAUGCAAUAAUGGGAAUUGGUAUUUAUUCUAAUUAUUGAUAACAUAUUAUAUUAGUUUGACGCUUCUUACUUGCCUAUUAUAAAUAUUUCAAAUUUUUAUCUAUUUGGUUGUUUUAAAAAUAAAAGUAUGUUUCUCCUUUUUAUUUUGACCAGUGACUAUUUUCAAGAGCAGUUGUACCCUGGAAAUUUUACAUUAUGAGCUUUAAAAAUUUUUAUGUUUCAGUGUUCUUAUCGUCUGUUUUUAUUCUUAUGUAUGUUAUACCAAAAAUAAUUAUAUUACUAAUUUUUUAAUUCGCUAAAAUUCUUCCAUAGAUUCCAUUAAUUUUACUUAGUUACAGAAUUAACUUCCGUUUAGUUGUGAUUCUAAUACUUAAUUCCUCUGGGAAUAAAUAUUUGCUAUGCAAUCAAUUUUUAUUUUUCUUCCUGUUUUUUAAAUUAGCAUUCUUAUGAUAAUUUAAAUAGUUGGAAUAAAUAUUAGGUUUUAGUUAAAUUUGGUUUUAGUAAAAGUUGAAUCAAAAUACUUGAACUUAAACGUUAUUAAAUUUGAAUAAUUUUUAGUCUUACAGUAGCUCUUUUUAGCCAGCUCUAACUAUAAGACUUUUUUUCUAAAAUAGAAAAAUGAUAAAAGUUUUUUGUUAUUUAUGAUCCUCAUUUCUAAUGUAAGUUAUAAGUUAUUUUUAAAAUUUACUUUCAUGUGCUGGUUUCUCUUAAAAAUAAUGUAAACUAAGAAUUUUAUUUUCCUUGGUCUACAUAUUACGUAUUCUUAGACUUGUUACCUUUAGAUUUAGGAUAUAUUUUAAACUUUCAUAUGAAAAAAAUUAUAAAUAAAAUGCAUAUUCUUUUUGCUUAUUUAAAUUUUAAAUGUAAAAAUAAUUUUUUUAAAUCACAAGUUUUCUUACUCAUAACAAUUUAAAAUUUUUAUUUAUUUAUUUUUUGUAAUAAAUAAAAUAUUUGAUUCAGGACAGCCUGCUGGGAUUUCUAAAUUAUAUAUCAAUUAUAACGCUGAGACGUAGACAUGUUAUUUAUUUGUUGAUUGUGGUAAAAAAAACAACUUUUUAAUUGUUGUGUUUUAUUGAUUUUACUCUAUUCCACUUUUACUGCUCUUUUCAUGACUGUUUUCCAGUUUUUGUAUAGUCUUCUUUUUUGUCAAAGUAUUUUCCUUCAUUUUUCCUACAAAAACACCUUUUGACUGUGAUAGACUAAAAUGAUCUUUAUUUGUUAAAAAUUUGUAAAAUGAAGCUGUAUCUAAUAAAGAUUUUGUUUUUUAUAUAA